UGAAAUCGACAAUAGUAAGGAUGAUAAAAAUCAAACAACUGCUAGUGAUGACGAGAGAUUUGACCUUGGAUCCUACUAUCGAGAUGAAAUUAGUUUUGAAAAAGAUAGACAUGAGAUUCUGCAAGAAUCCAUGAAUCCAAAUGGAAGUAACGAUUCUGAAGAAUGUUGUCUGCUUAAAAGUAAAGUUGGAAAAGAUCAGUAUAAAGUAUACAUUUCUGACCAGAAGCCUGUUAAAGAAGGGCUGUAUAAUCCUGGUCCCUGUUACCAAAAUGAUGAUUACAUGGUCAAGAAUAAACUUAGGGCAUCUGAAUGGUAUGAAAAGGGUAGUAAAAACAAAAGUUCAAAUAGUCAGAAUAAUCUUAGGUUAAAGAAGGAAUCUGAAUCUGUAUUUUACCAUUGGUUAAGGCCAAAAAUAUUUGACCCUGGUAAAGAAGCAUAA